AUGUUUGCUCCACGAGGAAGAUUAGCUUCAUGUUUAUUCUUAUUCACAGUCAUUGGAGUAACUAUCAAUUGGCCAGAUGGUUAUACCAAUUCAUAUCCUAACACAUCUGAAGAUUCUUUCCGCACAUUCAUCAAUGACAGCUAUAUCAAACGAGGGGUAUACUUAAAGGAAUCAACUUAUACCAUCCUAUGGUCUGUAACAUUGAAUUCCUGGUUUCUAGGAUAUCUCAUUGGCACCUUUCUCACUCCAAUCUGUGUGGAGAGAUCUGGACGAAAGUGGUCCCUCAUCAUAUCCUCUGCCAUCUCCUUAGUCGGAGCUAUUCUCAAUUUGGUUUCUAUCUUGGUCAAAAUUCCAGAGCUCUUCACGAUUGGCCGACUCGUUGGAUCAGUUGGAAGUGGAAUAUCGUUCACAACGCUCAUCCUUUUCCUGCAGGAAGUUUCACCUACUCAUUAUCGAGGAAUAUCAUCGUUCACAUGUGAGACAGCGUUCCUUCUGAAUACCGUUUUGGGUAUAUUCUGUGGAAUGGACAUAGCCUUAGGCGAGAAGCUACCGUACCUAACAGGUCUAUCCAUCAUACCAUCUAUAAUAGCCAUCAUCAUUUUGAUUCCUUUAAAGGAGACACCCAAAUACUUGUUGAUAGUCGAAAAGAAUAUUGAGAAAGCAACCGAUUCCAUUUUGUAUUAUCAUGGAAAGACAGACGUUCAAGAAGUAUUGAAUGAAAUACAGAAAGAGGAGAAGGAAGAAUCUAAUGAGGCUAAGAGUUCGUUGUUAAGAGGAUGUAUUGAAACAUUCAAAGUGCCACAUCUAAGAGCAGCUCUAAUACUUGGAAUGGUCACACUUGAGCUCAUUUCAAGCUUUUGGCCAAUUACAUACCUUUCAACGAUAUUCCUUGGAGAUCUGUUCUCCUCAUCAGUAGCUCAAUACGUGUCUCUAACUUUCAUAGUAUCAAACUUCGUAGGUUCAUUAUUAGGUCUUCUUGUAGUUGAAAGAUUCGGAAGAAAGCCAUUGCUCCUUAUAUUCGGAUCAAUCAACACAUUCUCUCUCAUUCUAUAUAUGAUCUGUGACCGUAUGUCAGUCUCUCAUGAUGGAUUCAAGUAUGGUACUAUAGUAGCUUUAAUCAUUUACGGUUUAUCAUAUGGCGUUGGGCUUGGACCUAUCGCCUACUUCUUAACAUCAGAGCUUGUUCAACAACAAUAUCGUUCCUUAAUCCAAUCGAUUGUGUAUGCUUUCAAUGCAAUUUUAGGAUUGAUUGUAUCAACUGCUACCUUACCACUUUACAAUGUGAUGGGAGCAUACUGUUUCAUUCCAUUAUUCAUUGUGCCAAGUAUACUAUGCUUAGUCUAUUUAUAUUAUUAUUUACCUGAGACGAAGGAUCGUGAGAUACAUGACAUCGUACAAGGAAUGAUGAUGAAUGCAAAACAACGAAGUCAAAUCACUGAGGACAAUCUCUAA